AUGCCUUCCGUCAAGAACCCCAACGGCCCGUCCAAGAACCGCCUGGCGAACCGGGCCCUCGGCGCCAAGAUGCAGCGAAGGAAGAAGUCCGAGGCGAACCGCAACAAGAUCCUCAAGACGGAUGCCAUGCGCGGCGCGAAGCCCGGCCUGGCGCCCACCAGCGGGCCCAACGCGCCGCUGAGCAAGAAGAAGGCCAAGAAGGUCGAGAAGAGGAUCGCCCACGCGCUGAGGAGGAAGAUGGCCGCCGAGGGCGAGGUUGUCAUGAAGGACGUUGAGCCGAUGGAGGAGGACAAGCCCGAGGAGGCUGCCGCGGAGGCGGAGAACAUCGAAUAG